UACCGGUCUCAGUCUGUUGGAGAAUCUUUCUCGCUCGACAGCGUCUCAAGAGUACAAGAGUACAUUGUAUACUGCGUAUAUAUAUAUUAAUAUACAUAUAUAUUGGACAGUAUAGAGAAAUCGAAUCAAAGUGGGGAAUGAGGAUACACGGUUUGAAAUCGUACAGGUGAAGAGUACCGUAAUGCCCAGUUUUUUUCUCGCUUCAGAGAAAAUUAUUCUUUCGUACAUAUAUAUUACACAUUAUUAUUCAUCAGUUUUAUCAAAACUACGAGCAAGUAAACAUCAACACUCUUUUUUCAUUUAAAUGAUGGUCUUGGGGAUAGAAAUAACACUAUCUUUAGUGUGUUAUGUCGUCCUGGCACUAAUUAUCGCUGCAAUAAUAUUAUUUUUUACAUUACUGCAACUAUUUAUCUACGUAACAACUGGCGUCUGUAAGAGCAAGAAAAAAAUGAACGGUAAAACGGUCAUUAUCACUGGCUGCACAUCAGGAAUCGGAAAAGAAACAGCGCGAGAUCUAGCACACCGUGGGGCUAGAUUGAUAAUGGCUUGUCGCAAUCUCCAAACUGCUACUAAAUUAAAAGAUGAACUAAUCAGAGAAACGGGAAACAACAACAUAGUAGUCAAGCAUCUAGACCUUUCAUCAUUAAAAUCGGUCCGUGACUUUGCUGCCCAAAUAAACCGCGAAGAGUCACGGUUAGAUGUUUUAAUCCACAACGCGGGAACAGCCGAGACCUUCAGAAAAAAAGUAACUGAUGAUGGACUAGAAAUGACCAUGGCGACCAAUCAGUAUGGGCCAUUUUUGCUGACUCAUUUGCUCAUAGAUUUAUUGAAGCGUUCAAAACCAUCAAGAAUCGUAGUCGUCGCAUCGGAGCUAUAUCGCCUUGCUACCCUCAAUUUAGAUAAUUUGAACCCGGUAACAACGAUUCCAGCGUACUUAUAUUACGUUUCAAAGUAUGCAAACAUUGUAUUCACCCUUGAAUUGGCACGACGCUUGGAAGGAACUGGAGUCACUGUUAAUUGUCUGCAUCCGGGUCUGAUUGACAGCGGAAUUUGGCGAAGCGUCCCGGCACCAUUGUCCUGGGGACUGAACAUCAUAAUCCGUGGAUUCUUCAAGACUCCUAAGCAAGGAGCGCAGACCACGAUCCAUCUAGCGGUUUCUGAAGAGCUCGAAGGAGUUAGUGGAAAAUAUUUCUUGGACUGCAAGGAAUACGGACUGUCUUCAGGAGUCAAGGAUCCAGCAAAGGGCAAGAAAUUCUGGGAACUAAGUGAAUCUCUUGUUAAACUACAGCCUUCAGAUCCUAAAUUAUAAGUU